AUCAAUCCUCGUGUGUUGAUACUCCGUCUCAAAAUGGAGUUGCAGAAAGGAAAAAUAGACAUCUUCUCGAAACAGCAAGAGCCUUAAUGUUUCAAAUGCAUUCCUCUUUAUGGAGACAAGUGGUGGAAAGUUUGUAUGGUUACGAGCCAUUAAAUUGGUUUACUACCAUCAACUCGAAUAUUUGCCGCCGCUGUCCUUGGAGUGGUAUUUCUAGACAUUGGAAUUCAGUCAAUUCUUUGGUACAUUUUAAAGUAGGCAAUGGUCGAAGUGUAUCAUUCUGGCAUUCUACUUGGGUUGGUAAAGAGCCUUUGAAGUCUGCAUUUCCCAGAAUUUUUAAACUUUCUAUCAAUCCUAAUGGUGUGGUAUCAAGCUUUUGGGAUUCAAAUACUAGUUCAUGGAAUUUAGUGUUGCGAAGAGCUUUGAAAGAGUUGCUUCACUAAGAAGAUUUGGUUCAAAUGCAUCGAUGCCCAAGGAAUUCUUUGCUGCUUUAUGGAAAACCAAGAGCCCAAGAAGGGUUAAUGUGUUUUGCUGGAUUCUCUUUCAAGGAAAGUUGAAUACGGCUGAUAUUAUUCAGAAGAAAUCUCCUUCUGAUGCCCUACUUCCCUCUUUUUGUUGCCUCUGUACAAAGAGUGGGGAGGAUCAUGACCAUCUAUUUUUUCAUUGCUACUUUGCCUCUAAGUGUUGGAAUCUGUUAUUCCAUCAAUUCAAUGUGGAUUGGUGUUUUGAUCUCAAGGCCGGGGACAAUGUUUAUCAGCUUUUACAUGGGCCUCCUCAUCUUUCCUCUUCAGUUCGGUUUUUAUGGUUAAAUGUUGUCAAAGCCUUAUUAUCGGAAUUGUGGUUCGAGAGGAAUUCAAGAUUAUUUGAAGAAAAACGAAGACUUUUCGACGAAAGUUUCUAUUCAGCUAAGUUUAAAGCUUCACUUUGGUGUUCUCUUGUCGACUCUUUUUUGCAUCACUCUCCUUCUAUGAUUUAUGCUAAUUGGGGAGCUUUUAUUAAUUCUGUGUAAUUCUGUUAUUUACAUUUUUU